CACGAACGGUAUCUGCGACUUCGAAAUGCAUUUUAAACUAAUAUUGUCUUUGACUGCGUACCUUUCUGUCAAUAUACCGAUAGUAUCAUCGCUGAUCAACCCGCAUAAGCCCGAAGAAAAAAACUACCUUGGAGGCGAUGUUGGAGAACCACUCAUUCUAACGCCUCUGCUAGAACAAAACAAGACUGACGAAGCUCGAAGACUUGCUGAUGUAGCUUUAUCCGAGGAAGUGAAAAGUUACUCUGGAUACUUCACGGUUAACAAGCACUAUAAUUCGAAUCUGUUCUUUUGGUUUUUUCCGUCUCGUGGCGACUACGAAAACGAUCCGGUGCUACUAUGGCUGCAAGGCGGACCUGGCAGUCCUUCGUUGUAUGGACUGUUCAUGGAACAUGGACCAUUCCAGUUAAACGAAAACGCUGAGCUGGAGUUGAGAAAGCACGCCUGGACGAACAAUCACUCGGUGAUCUACAUUGACAAUCCCGUAGGAGCGGGAUUCAGCUUCACGCAUCACAAAAAUGGCUACGCGCGUAACCAAACUCAAAUCGGCAACGAACUGUACACGGCCCUGCAGCAAUUCUUCGUCCUGUUUCCAGAAUUGAGGAAGAAUGAGUUUUACGUCACUGGUGAAUCGUACGCUGGGAAGUAUGUACCGACUUUGGCUUACACGAUCUAUCGAAACAAUCCGGGUGCUGAGGCGAAGAUCAAUUUGAAAGGAGUGGCAAUUGGAAACGGAUAUAUGGAUCCUUUACACCAAAAGGGCUACGCGGAGUACCUGUAUCAACUAGGCCUACUUGAUAACAAUACAUCUCUGUAUGUGAAGCGAUACGAGGAAAAGGUUAGUUGCUAAAGUAAAUCAACUCAUCUGUUUAAGUAAGGUGCCUGAGGUGAAUAAGGCCCACCUAACUUUAAAGCUAAAAAACUCAGGAAUUAUAUCAAAAAAAUUGAAAAAGCGUAGUUCAGUAGAAAGCUUUUUUAUUUAAGGUAAGAAUAAAAGAUAAAUAGUAACACAGAGAUCAGCAUGGAAAUAAGUACAGUAAUACCCCGGACUUACGCGAUAGGUGGGUCCGAACGGUUGCCGUGUAAGUCGAAUUCGCGUAAGUCG